AUGGUGACGAGCGCCAUCUCGGUCGAGUUCUCGCAAUACUGCAAAUGCGACAGCAUCUUUGAAGCCAAGUACCUCCGAACGCAUCGGUCCGGCGGCACCAAGGUCCUGCGAUGCUUUCCCCACUGCUGCCCAUCGCAUGUCUUCAACAGUGUCUGCGGCACGUCCGUCGUCGCCCGCGUGCACGGCCCUGCGGACCGCGUCCAGCAGUCCAUGACGUACCUUCGCUUCGAGGCGUCGUACGAGCGGCCGUUCCAGGUCGGCGACACGCUCAGCGAGCAGACAAUUUUGUCCAACCUCCGUCGACAGACGCACGCAAUCGGCGAGUGGAUUGCGAGUCAGUACGAUGUCUUUGACGACAAAACUUCGGUGCGCGUCAACGAAUUCAGCCCCAAGGCCACGUCGUCGCUCGGGUGGCACUACCGCUGGGUCGGCGGCUCAGCGCGCCAGCAGCGUCGCGCGACCCACUGCCUUCGCGCCUAUGUCUUUGAGCGCUUCUUCCACCACAACGUCUCGAUGCUGCGG